GUCUCUCCCUUUCUCUCUCCAAGGUCACAAGAUUUCCCUCAGCCCAGUGGUUGUGCAACUUUGGGGGAGGAGGCAAUGGGGCUCUAGGACUAAACAAUGCGCGUCUGCUCAACACCCAGAUCAGUUGAUUAAUCUUAGGCGGCCAAAAUUCACUUUUGCUCUCUUCAGCUGAGAGACCCAAGACUCAUGGAAGAGGGAACAAGACCACCAGGUGCCUAGUCCUUCUAAUCCUGUCGUCCCACAUUACAGCCUGAUUAUCAGGCCCCAGAGGUUUCCUCGCCAGUUAAAGAGAGGUUCACUAGAGCGGUUCUAAAAAGGUUUCACAAAAGAAGCAACACCUGAAGGGAGGUGAAGGACGACCUAGGAAAAGGAAGCAAGUUCUGUGUCACGGAGGCCCAAGGGCAAGGGGCUUAGGCUGUGGGUUGAGGGGACUGUCUGAGACGGACUUAAACCUGCACCAGCUCCAGAGCCCUGCGGAAACAGAGAUCGGUCCCCUCCGGCGUCUAGGUAAGGCCCACCCUCCCAGACCGCAAAGAGCCAGGAUCCGACGGCAGCCUCUCCGGACCAAUCACAACCUUCCUUCAUCAAGGAGGCGGGGUCGGGGGGGGCUGACUUUUCCUUGUCUCCGCCCCUUUAGUCGAAGUAACCAAUCUCAGUGCACCUAGGGGAAGUAAUCGCAAUGGGAGUAACCAAUGACGCCAUGAAGCUUCUCGUGCGUGCUUGACCCUGCCUCUCCAGCUGCGACAAAGAUGGCGCGCGGGCUCUUGGGUUCUGUAGUUUUCUCGCGAUCCAAAAGGCUCCGUGCCCAAGUGAGUCCUUACCGCCUCCCUACCCAGCGGCUUCCCCUCCGCUAGUACGCAUGUCCACAGCCUCACGGACCGGGAGAGAGGGGGCGCAGAAGGAAGGAGGCGGGACGGUAUUACAAACAAAAAAAUACGGCCUUCUCGAGAAGCGACGGCGGAGGGCCCGCUCCUCCCAGAAGGCGGUGCAGCCUGCCCGGGCGAGCCACGCACGCAGAGGGUUGUGGGGCGGAUAGCUCCUCUCCAGAUGGAGGCUCAUGAAGUAGGGUGGGCGGGGGACUCCAUAUCCCAGCGUGCCCCGCGGCGGGCCCUACCGGCCGCGACUCCGGGCUUGGCCCCGGCCCUAGCUCGUCGGCUGUGUAUUGGGGCGCGUGGAGGCUGCAGUCACGGUGGCGCCCGCGGGGACGGAGGAGGGAAUGAGUGAAGAGGAGCAAGGCUCCGGCACUACCACGGGCUGCGGGCUGCCUAGUAUAGAGCAAAUGCUGGCCGCCAACCCAGGCAAGACCCCGAUCAGCCUUCUGCAGGAGUAUGGGACCAGAAUAGGGAAGACGCCUGUGUACGACCUUCUCAAAGCCGAGGGCCAAGCCCACCAGCCUAAUUUCACCUUCCGGGUCACCGUUGGCGACACCAGCUGCACUGGUCAGGGCCCCAGCAAGAAGGCAGCCAAGCACAAGGCAGCUGAGGUGGCCCUCAAACACCUCAAAGGGGGGAGCAUGCUGGAGCCGGCCCUGGAGGACAGCAGUUCUUUUUCUCCCCUAGACUCUUCACUGCCUGAGGACAUUCCGGUUUUUACUGCUGCAGCAGCUGCUACCCCAGUUCCAUCUGUAGUCCUAACCAGGAGCCCCCCCAUGGAACUGCAGCCCCCUGUCUCCCCUCAGCAGUCUGAGUGCAACCCCGUUGGUGCUCUGCAGGAGCUGGUGGUGCAGAAAGGCUGGCGGUUGCCGGAGUACACAGUGACCCAGGAGUCUGGGCCAGCCCACCGCAAAGAAUUCACCAUGACCUGUCGAGUGGAGCGUUUCAUUGAGAUUGGGAGUGGCACUUCCAAAAAAUUGGCAAAGCGGAAUGCGGCGGCCAAAAUGCUGCUUCGAGUGCACACGGUGCCUCUGGAUGCCCGGGAUGGCAAUGAGGUGGAGCCUGAUGAUGACCACUUCUCCAUUGGUGUGGGCUCCCGCCUGGAUGGUCUUCGAAACCGGGGCCCAGGUUGCACCUGGGAUUCUCUACGAAAUUCAGUAGGAGAGAAGAUCCUGUCCCUCCGCAGUUGCUCCCUGGGCUCCCUGGGUGCCCUGGGCCCUGCCUGCUGCCGUGUCCUCAGUGAGCUCUCUGAGGAGCAGGCCUUUCACGUCAGCUACCUGGAUAUUGAGGAGCUGAGCCUGAGUGGACUCUGCCAGUGCCUGGUGGAACUGUCCACCCAGCCGGCCACUGUGUGUCAUGGCUCUGCAACCACCAGGGAGGCAGCCCGUGGUGAGGCUGCCCGCCGUGCCCUGCAGUACCUCAAGAUCAUGGCAGGCAGCAAGUGAAGCCCCAGCUGGACUCAUGGAUGUGCACCCUUUGCUCCCUGCUCUUUCUGCCUCUGGGCUCAUGUAUCUGCGCAGCUCUGGUACCCUCUGUGGGUGCCAUCUCUACCUCUGACACAGACUGCCUGCCUUGAAGCUGAGAAGGCACAGGGCAAGGAGCCAAGGACCACAGAGCCUCAGCCAGCCCAGGAUCCGUCCUCAUUUUAUUGGUGAUGAUGAAUGGGAAUGAAAUCGGGGGGCUGUCUACUAGAGCCUGGAAUAAAUAUGCUGCUUUGUGGAUUUGUAA